AUGGAUCACAUAGGGAUACUGGGGGCGCAUCUGCAGCAGCACACGCACGUCGAGCCCAUCAGCUUCGGCAUCGAUCAGAUCCUCAGCAACGUGGAGCAGAGCUGCAUGCUGGGCGCGAGGAUGCACGAGCCGGACUACGGCCACGCGGCCUACAACAGCAGCGGGAGCAGCGGCGUGAACGGCGGCGGCUUCGCGUGCGCUAACACCGGAUAUAACGGUACCAGCAGCUCGUGCGGGAUGGCUUCCCUCGGCGGGGCUUAUCACAUGAACAUGGGCAUGAAUGGGAACGGGACUAACGUGAGCGCCGCCGGGGUCAUCCGCGUCCCCGCGCACCGGCCUCUGAGCUGCGGAAACGCCUCUGUGCCGCCGAUGAGCGGGACCAUCAACAACCUGGGCACGCUGACAUUUCCCUGGAUGGAGAGCAACCGCCGCUACACCAAAGACAGGUUCACAGUGUCCCUCUCACCCCUCACUGUAACACGUCGUGUAGGUCAUCCGUACCAGAACCGGACGCCUCCUAAAAAGAAGAAGCCUCGGACGUCCUUCACGCGGCUGCAGAUCUGUGAGCUGGAGAAGCGCUUCCACCGGCAGAAGUACCUGGCGUCUGCUGAGCGGGCCGCCCUCGCCAAAGCCUUGAAGAUGACUGACGCUCAGGUCAAAACCUGGUUCCAAAACAGACGCACCAAAUGGAGGCGGCAGACGGCGGAGGAGCGGGAGGCGGAGCGGCAGCAGGCCAACAGGAUCCUCAUGCAGCUGCAGCAGGAGGCUUUCCAGAAGACCAUCAACCAGCCGGUCACCCCGGACCCGCUGUGCCUGCAGAACAGCUCCCUCUUCGCCCUGCAGAACCUGCAGCCCUGGACUGAAAACACCGCCAAGAUCAGCAGCGUGUCGAGCUGCGAUUAG